AUGACGACUACUGAGGAAUUAAUAAGAAUAUUAAUAAGAAUAUUGGAAGGUGACGACGAAGCGGAAUUAUUUGAAUUUGUCGAAGAAAUCGAAAGUGAUGGUCCUGAGGAAAGUGAUGAGACAUCUACGAUAGAACAAUACUUAGAAGUUUUAGAAGAAUACGCAGAAGAUAGUGAAAGCGAAAACGAUCACACGGUUCUUUUGUUUUUAGAAACAGAACGGGGAGAGACGAUUUUACAGUACAAUGGUGACAGAUACCACAAAGCCCAUGGAUUCAAGGAUAAGACAAGGUGGACCUGUUCCGUUAAGCAAUGUAAUGCAUAUGUGGAUUUAAGCGAUAAGAACGAUAUUCUUAUGAUGAAUCAGCGCCAUGAUCAUAAAAAGCAUAAACAGCUUCAAGAUAUUUAUCCCAAUGAAAAUGACUCCGCAGUAGUCAUAACAUCACGGAAAGGGAAAGAAAUGCUGCUAUUCCGCAAGUACACAUACCGCAAGCAAUACAACAAAGGCACCAGGUCCCGUUGGGUGUGCUCCACUAUGAAGAACUGUCGCGGAUGCGUUUUCACAAACAACGAUAACUUUAUAACCUCAGCUUUCGAAGAACACUGUCAUGACCCGCCAAAAUAUUAUCUAAAUCCGAAUCACGUACUUGGCGCCUUAAGAGAACCUUUAGUGUUGGAAUCUGAUUAA